GUCCAAUGUCGCCAAAAUCAAUUCGUGCAGUAUGCGCGCGCUCUGCAAAACAAAGUGUUGUGUGCCGGCCACUCACACGCCUCAGCAGCAGUGAAGCUUCACCAUCGCCAAGAGUCAUUUUUUCCGGCAUCCAGCCUACCGGAGUACCACAUCUCGGCAACUAUCUGGGUGCUAUGCAGCAAUGGGUCAAACUACAGAACGAAGCCUCUGCCAACACAUCUCUGAUAUACUCGGUCGUGGACCUACAUGCUAUCACUGUGUAUCAGGAUCCUAAUGCUCUAAGGACUUCAAAAAGGGAGAUGCUGGCCGCUCUUCUUGCUGUCGGACUAGAUCCUCAAAAGUGUACCAUCUUCUACCAAAGCGAUGUACCUGCACAUUCUGAACUCAUGUGGAUAUUAAGCUGUUCGGCAUCUAUGGGAUAUCUCUCAAGGAUGACACAAUGGAAGAGCAAACUUGACUUGGACGAGAAUGCCAAUCCAUUAGACUCUUCCACCAAAACGAAGCUGAAGCUCGGCCUCUUCUCCUACCCAGUCCUCCAAGCAGCAGAUAUCUUGAUUCACCGAGCCACACAUGUGCCAGUUGGUCAUGAUCAGUCUCAGCAUCUCGAGUUCGCACGUGAGUGCGCUGCAGGCUUCAACCAUCUGGCCGGUGACAAGCUUCUCGUGCAGCCAGAGACUUUGCUAUCUCCCGCGAAGCGAGUCAUGGCACUCGACAAACCAACCAACAAAAUGUCAAAAUCGGCGCUGAACCCAAAGUCACGGAUCCUGAUUACAGAUUCCUCGUCAACAAUCUCCAAGAAGCUGCGGGUUGCAUUGACCGAUAGUAUCGAAGGCGUGACAUACGACCCUUCGAGUCGCCCUGGUGUCUCCAACCUCAUCGAGAUUGCCUUCAACCUUGAUGGCUCCAACCAUGGUGCAGCCAGUCCUGCCGAGUAUGCAAAGGAUUUCGAGGGAUUGAGCCUUAAGGCACUCAAGAACAAGGUUGCAGAGGUCGUUGAUGAUCACCUUAUGCCCAUUCGAUCAAAGUUCGAGGAGAUUAUUGGUGGCGAUGGCAAAAUUCUUCAGGAGGCUGCGCAGAUUGGUGCAGAGAAGGCUAGGAAGUCGGCCGAGUCGACUAUGCAGUUGGUCAGGCAUGCGGUUGGCUUCUAAGGAACUUCUGUAUGCUAUGGAUGUAUUAUAUCCACAACACUUUCGGAAUGCUGUAGCACAUGAGUUUUGAGUCAUC